GUGAACGAAGUCACGAGGCUACUGUUGUUAGGCAAAACUAUUUUUGGCAAAUGGCAAAAGUCGAAACUAAACCCGGCAAAAGUCAAAACUGGCAAAACUCUGGCAAAACGGCGAAACUAUGGCAAAACUCUGGCAAAACCCUGGUAAAGCUAAGACCCCUGGAGAAAGUCAAACACAGCGAAGAUCAAUCCUCUAAGACUUAG